UGUGUCGAACCUGAAUCAGUAAGCAUUUAAGCUUUUUUUUUUCCUAUUAGUUCUGCUUCAGACAAGUCUUCCAUGACUUCCGAGGCUCAUUCACAAGCUCUUUCAGAAAUGCAGUGGGGCUCCAAUAGGCAGAACUCUUGAAGCUUGUCUGUAUGUAAAGAAACACAGCAGUGCCAAAUCACAAAGGGGCAGGAAACCGGAAGACAAAGUUGUCAACAAAACUGAAACUUCUUCUCGACUCAUGUAUUCAGAAUGAAGACAUGCCCUUCUUUUGGAAGAAAACACAUCCAAAACAGAAACAACAGAUGUCAACAUACAAACGGGCCACAUUGGAUGAAGAGGAGCUGUUGGACACCGGCUCCGAUGGGAUCUACCACACCUCUACCAUGCAGGUAGGGCUGCAGCAAGGUCUGGGUCUCCGGUGCUGGGCAGAGAAAACCCAUGUCGAGAGAAAGCUAGUGGUCGUCUUGUGCGCUCUGUCCGUGGCGCUGUUCAUAUGCAUCAUGACUUUGGGUCUGCACUAUAAAGAAUCUCAUCCGGGAAUGUGCCUGUCAGAGCCUUGUGUUAGUGUUGCAAGUACAGUCUUGGGGGCUCUCGAUCGGUCAGUGGACCCCUGCCAGGAUUUCUAUAACUUUGCAUGCGGGGGUUGGAUGAAGAAAAACCCACUGCCUGAAGGCAAGUCCCGCUGGGGUUCUUUCAGCAACUUGUGGGAACACAACAUGGCCGUCAUGAAGAACUUAUUAGAGAAUACCAGCAUAAAAAGCCUGAGCAAAGCGGAACAAAAAGCCCAGUGGUAUUACCAGGCUUGUAUGAACGAGAGCAAAAUUGAAGAGCUUGGGGCAAAACCACUUCAGGAUCUUCUCAAUCAGGCAGGAGGUUGGGGCUUGAAAGGCCCGUGGGAUAAAGAUAACUUCCAGGAGGUUUUACGGAUUGUGUCAGCCAGCUUCCGAACCUCCCCCUUUUUCACUGUUUUCGUCAGCACAGACUCAAAAAACUCCAACAGCAACAUUAUCCAGGUGGAUCAGUCAGGAUUGGGACUUCCCUCUAGGGAAUACUAUCUCAAUAAGACAGCCAAUGAAAAGUAUUUAACAGCAUACUUGAACUUCUUGGUGGAGCUUGGAAUCCUUUUGGGCGGCUCAGAGGAGACCUCUCCGAAGAUGAUGCAGGAGAUCAUAGACUUUGAAACAGCCCUGGCACACAUCACAGUCCCUCAGGAUGAGCGCCGUGACGAGAUGAAAAUAUAUCAUAAGAUUCAAGCCAAAGAGUUAGCUACAUUGGCUCCUGCGGUAGAUUGGAUGCCUUUCCUCUCUGCAGUGUUCACCCCUGUUGCCCUAAAUGACUCUGAACCCGUGGUUGUAUAUGCUAAAGAAUACCUACAGAAGGUUUCAGAGCUCAUCAGCAACACCAACAAGAGUGUCUUGAAUAACUACAUGAUCAUGAAAGUGGUGCUGAAAAUGGUGUCCAUCUUAGACCAGAGGUUCCAAGAUGCAGAGCAGCGCUUCCUCGAAGUCAUGUACGGCACCAAGAAGAGCUGCACACCACGCUGGAAACUUUGUGUCAGCGACACGGACAGCGCUCUGGGCUUUGCUCUCGGGGCGCUCUUUGUCAAAGCUACUUUUUCUGAAGACAGCAAAGCUUUUGUUGAAGAUAUGGUCUCUGAGAUCAAGAGGGCCUUUGAAGACAGCCUGAAGACUGUCGGCUGGAUGGAUCCCAAGACAAAAAAUGCAGCUAAAGAAAAGGCAGAUGCAAUAUACAACAUGGUUGGUUAUCCAAAAUUUAUCAUGAAACCCAAAGAGCUGGACCAGGUGUUUAAUGACUUUGAUGUUGUUUCAGAUCUUUACUUUCAAAACGUUAUGAACUAUUACAACUUCUCUGCACGAGUCACUGCUUCCCAGCUAAGAAAAGCCCCCAACAGAGAUCAAUGGAGUAUGACUCCACCCACAGUUAAUGCCUACUACAACCCCACAAAGAAUGAGAUGGUACUUCCAGCAGGCAUUCUCCAGGCUCCCUUUUAUAACCAUGCUUGGCCAAAAGCAAUGAAUUUCGGUGGUAUAGGUGUGGUUAUGGGGCAUGAGCUCACCCAUGCCUUUGAUGAUCAAGGAAGAGAGUAUGAUAAGGAUGGGAAUUUGCGUCUGUGGUGGCAAAAUUCUUCAGUGGAGGCUUUUAAACACCAGACCCAGUGUAUGGUGGAGCAGUACAGCAACUACAGUAUAAAUAAAGAAGCUCUGAAUGGGAAACACACUUUGGGAGAAAAUAUUGCUGACAACGGAGGCCUGAGGGCAGCUUAUAAGGCCUAUAUAAACUGGAUCGAGAAGAAUGGUGAGGAAGCCACUCUGCCUGCCCUUGGAAUGACCAAUCAUCAGCUGUUUUUUGUGGGAUUUGCUCAGGUGUGGUGCUCCGUUCGGACACCUGAAAGCUCUCACGAGGGUGUUCUUACUGACCCCCACAGUCCGUCACGUUUCCGGGUCAUUGGUACCAUCUCCAAUUCCCAUGAGUUCUCUACACACUUUGGCUGCAAGGCAGACUCACCCAUGAACCCCAAACGAAAGUGUGAGCUGUGGUGACAGAGACACUUACAUGGGGGACUGAUCCUGGAGCUGUUAAUGCUCAAAAAUCCCACACAUCCAUCUCGGGUCACCUAAUCUAGACUGCCAAAAAACUGGUGGAUUUAUAGUAUACUACAUAUUUUCCAGCUAUUACUUGCCUCUUAUUGAGGAAUUGGUGUAAAUAGUAAAUCCAUGGAAGUCUAUAUAAUGGAGUUUUAUUCUUACAUUCAAAACACUGGAAGUUAGUGGUUAAAUGUAAUGAGAGAAGGACUUGUCCUUUUUGUAAAUACAUUUUCUUUGAAUAUGUGCCUUUUUAGCAAAUGCAUUUAUUUUUCUAUUAGGAAAUAAUAUUUAUGUUCUUUGUAUGAUGUUGUUGGUGGGAUUUUUUUUUUUUUUUGGUCUGUAGUGUUUGCCAAUUAUUUAAUUCUUUACAUUGUUAAAUAACUUUGCUCACA